AUGGCUAGCCCUCCUGUGCUAGCUUUCGAUGCUGAGGGCCGCCCAGUGAAGUUUGACACCUGGCUAGAUGACCUGCACCUCUUCCUACAGCUCACUGCCAAGGAGGACAUUUCACUGUACGAUCACGCCCUAGGCCAUGCUACUGCCCCUCCUACCACUGCUGACAGCACUCAGCGCUCGCAGUGGCAGACUCGUGACGCCCACGCUCGCUUUGCUAUUCGCAACUCCCUGCCGCUAGAUGAGCGCGAGCACUUUGGCCAGCACAAGACUGCUAAGGACCUGUACACUGCUGUCGUUGCUCGCUACUCCUCACCUGCUUCUGCCGCACUAGGCCGCCUCUCUCUCCCCUACCUGUUCCCCGACCUGGCCUCCUUUCACACUGUCGCUGACCUCAUCACCCACCUCAAGACUAGUGAGGCCCGCUUCCGCGCUGCUAUGCCUGACGAGUUCCUGGCUAGCAACCCCCCACCGCUCUGGCUCACUCUCUACCACAUCGUCACCCGCCUCCCUGACUCUCUGCGCGCAGUCAGGGAUCACUUUCUAGCUCGCUGCCCCACUGAGCUCACCAUUGCCCUCCUCGAGAAGGAACUCCUUGCAGCUGAGGCGAGCAUCGUCGCUGUAGGUGCCUCUCGUGGCGAGCCCCGCACCCCUUUCUUUGAGGGGUGUUCCCCUUCCCCCCUUCUCCCCUCUGUCGCCUCUGCUUCUGCUGUCGACCUCCUUGGUGCUGAGAAGGUCGGGACCGCGUCUGCUCCGAGCGGGCGCCGCAGGAACAAAGGGGGCAAGGGUGGAGGUGGCGGCGGGGGAGGCGGGGGUGGAGGCGGUGGGAGUGGAGGUGCGACUGGAGAGACUAGUGGCGGCAGUGGGGGUAGUGACGGCAGCGGCGGAGGCGGUGGCAGGGGCGGGGGCGGCAGCGGGGGCGGAGGUGGUCGUGGCAGCGGCAGAGGAGGAGGUGGUCGAGGAGGUGGCGGCGGCAUUGGUGGUCGUGGAGGCGCUGGCGGUGGUCUGAGCCAGCAGCACACUCCGUCGCUCCAGGAGGCCCGUGAGUGGUAUUCCCAGCGCGCGGGGGAGUGUGGCUUUAGCUGCACGUACGUCAUCCGCACUGGUGACCGCACUGGUCAGACGUGUGGGAAGCCGCACCCCACGCACCGCUGUUUCUCGCGCCUUGACGACGCUUGGCGCGCUCAGUUCCCUGACGGCGCUGAGCUCCCCCGCUGGCUUGAGCUGGAGAGGAAGGGAGUUGAUAUCUGGGCUUUAGACUUUGAUGCUAUUCUCACUGCCAUGUAUGCGAUGUUUACUAGUGGAGAGGGUGCUCAGUACUUGCGUGUUCCGCCCGACCCGGGCAUUCUGACCAGUGAGGCUGCUGCUCUAGGUGCUAGUGAGUCUGCUGCCCCAGGUGCUAGUGAGGCUGCUGCUCUAGGUGCUCGUGAGUCCGUGCCCCCUGGUACUGAGUCGACUGCAGCACUGCACACCUUCACACUGGACUCAGGUGCUUCUCGCUGUUUCUUUCGUGACCGCACUGUCCUUGAGCCACUUGCUCGGCCAGUUGCUGUCUCCCUCGCUGACCCCUCUGGGGGCCCGGUCAUUGCGACCUCCUCCACUGUCCUUCCUUGUCCUGCGGUCCCGUCAGGCACACUGUCAGGUCUCCACCUCCCCUCGUUCUCUACGAACUUGGUGGCGGGUUGUGCGCUCCAGGACGGGGGUGUUCACCAGUUCACCCCUGCCUACGAGCGUGUGACACACUGCACGUGUGCUCGGACGGGCCGUCACCUGGCUACCUUCACUCGGCAGCCGGGGUCGGACCUAUACACACUGACCACUGAGUCCCCUCAGGUAGCUGCGUCGGCGUCUGCGUCAGGUCAGCUGUCGGCCCCCUGCUCGUGUCGCUCUCUGGCGCAUGAGACCGUCCUCUGGCACCACCGACUUGGUCACCCGUCUGUGCAGCGCCUUCGUGCCAUGCACAAACGGUCCCUCGUUUCUGGUCUUCCCAGGGUUCUCCCUCCCCUCCCACCCUCGCCUGCUCCUCCCUGUCUUCCCUGUGUCGAGGGGCGGCAGCGCGCUGCUCCUCACUCCUCCUCCUUUCCCCCGACGACUGCUCCCUUGCAGACGCUCCACAUGGACGUGUGGGGCCCAGCCCGCGUCCGUGGUCAGGGUCAGGAGAGGUACUUCCUGAUAGUUGUUGACGACUACUCGCGCUACACCACGGUCUUCCCCUUGCGCACCAAGGGUGAGUCGUUCACGCUUCCGGCCUCUCCACAGCAGAAUGGGGUUGCUGAGCGCCGCAUUGGCUUGGUCAUGGAGGUCGCUCGUACCUCCCUGAUCCAUGCGGCUGCUCCCCACUUUCUGUGGCCGUUUGCGGUCCGAUACGCCGCGCAUCAGCUCAACCUCUGGCCCCGUGUCUCCGUGCCGGAGACUUCUCCGACACUGCGUUGGAUGGGAGAGGUUGGCGAUGCGUCGCGUUUCCGGGUCUGGGGAUCCCGAGCUUUUGUUCGCGAUACGUCUGCGGGCAAGCUCGACUCUCGCGCUGUUCCUUGUGUCUUCCUUGGCUUUGUCCCGGACGCGCCUGGCUGGCAGUUUUACCACGUCACCUCGCGCCGGGUUCUGCCCUCUCAGGACGUCACUUUUGACGAGUCCGUCCCCUUCUACCGCCUCUUCCCCUACCGCACUACCCCGCUCCCCCCCCGCCUCUCUUCCUCGCGCCAGGUAGACCCGGUUGAGCCUGUCGAGGUAGCUGUCGACUCUCGUCCUGCUAGGGGUGCUGAGCCUGAGCGUGAGGAGCCUGGCGGUGCUGAGUCUGAGGGUGCGGAGCCUGGGGGUGCUGCGCCUGGGGGUACUGAGCCUGGGGGUACUGCGUCUGGGGGUGCUGAGCCUGGGGGUGCUGAGCCUGGGGGUGCGGAGUCUGGAGGUGCUGCGUCUGGGGGUGCUGAGCCUGGGGGUGCUGAGUCUGGAGGUGCUGAGCCUGGGAGUGCUACACCUGGAGGAGCCCUCUCCUCACAGCAGCUACAGGAGAGGCACCUCCAGUACUGCAGCCUCAGGAGAGGUGCUGCUGGAGCUGGUACCAGUACUUCCCCUCCUACCCGGGAGCUCCCCUCCCUUCAGCAGAUCCGAGAGUGGUACACGCGGCGCUGCAGUCUUCGGAGUGGCGCUCCUGGUGCUACGGUCCCUGGAGCUGGAGCUGUGACUGGUGCUGAGGACCCGGGCAUUGGAGCUGCUGCUGGUGCUGAGGACUCGGACGGUGGAGCUGCUGCUGGUGCUGAGGACCCGAGCGGUGGAGCUGCUGCUGGAGCUGAGGACCCGAGCGGUGGAGCUGCUGCUGGUGCUGAGGACCCGAGCGGUGGAGCUGCUGCUGGUGCUGAGGACCCGAGCGUUGGAGCUGCUGCUGGUGCUGCGGACCCUGGCGCUGGUGUCUCUGCUAGUUCUGGAGACGCUGCGCGGCCGCGACCGUACUUCGUACCGCUCCUUCAGCAGGUUCUUGGUCAGACUCCUCCUCCUUGUCCUUCUCCCUCCUUAGAUUGUCCUCCGCCCGUCCAGUCGCAGUCACGGUUACCGCCUGCCUCGCCUCUCCCUGGUCCCUCUCCUUACACUGGUCCCACAGGAGGUCUUACGGAGCGUCGUGAGCCUGAUUCUCGUCCUGCGUCGCCUGUUCGUACUGCUCGCACUGGUCGUCGUGUCCCACGUGAGCGUCCUCCUCCUGUCCCUGGCACUCACUACAUGACUCUGCGUCCUUCUACUGCUCCUCAGCGUGUCCCUCUGCCGUCUCCUCCUGCGUCCUCCCUACCUACUCUUCCUGACCCAGAGUCUGACUCCCGUCGUGCUGCCAGUCCCACUGUCACGCGUCUCCUAGCUACUGUUAUCACUGACCCUACCUUUGAGUCCUCUGCUGCAUCUGCUCUGGUCGCUGAGUUGGUUGACUUUGCUGCCCGGUGUCGUCUAGACUACGCUGCUAGCCUUGUUGCUGAGUCUGAGUCUGUCUGUCCUCCGUCCGUCGGGGGUGAGUGUGCUCUUGGCACGGACGUCCUUGAGGACAGACAGGAGGAGUUCCAGUGCUUUGCUGCUGCUUUGCCCCAUCUCGUGUCCAUGCUAGUUGCCCCUGAGGGAGACCCGGAUGCACCAGACAUCCCGACCCCGCGCUCUUACGCUGAGGCGAUGGCGGGUCCCUACUCCUCUCAGUGGCAGACAGCCAUGGACGCAGAGAUGGCUUCCUGGAAAUCCACAGGCACCUACGUCGACGAGGUUCCCCCACCUGGGGCGAACAUCGUCAGUGGCAUGUGGAUUUUCAGGGUGAAGUGGCCGCCGGGUUCUCCUCCUGUCUUCAAUGCGCGCUACGUUGCUCAAGGCUUCAGUCAGCGAGAGGGAGUAGACUUCUUCCAUACCUUCUCCCCCACCCCGAAGAUGACCACUCUUCGGGUUCUGCUGCACAUAGCUGCUCACCGCGACUACGAGCUUCACUCUCUUGACUUCAGCACAGCUUUCUUACAGGGCAGCCUGCACGAGGAGAUCUGGCUGCGCCGCCCUCCUGGCUUCACUGGGUCGUUUCCUUCUGGUACCCAGUGGAGGCUCCAGCGGCCGGUCUACGGUCUCCGCCAGGCGCCACGCGAGUGGCACGACACACUGAGGACGACACUUGCGGCUCUUGGGUUCGCUCCCUCCACUGCUGACCCGUCGCUGUUUCUACGCACCGACACCUUGCUGCCGCCGUUCUACAUCCUCGUGUACGUCGACGACCUGGUCUUUGCCACUGCUGACACUGCGGCACUUGCCCACUCACACAUGGUGCAGCAGAUUCUUCAGCGCUUCCGCUUCACGUACUCCUCGCCUCAGUCCACUCCCCUGCCUACCGGUCACUCGCUCUCAGCUCUACCUUCGGAUGAGUCCGUAGAGCCGAGUGGCCCGUAUCCAGAGCUUGUGGGCUGCCUCAUGUACCUGAUGACCUGCACUCGACCUGACCUUGCAUACCCUCUUAGCAUCCUUGCACACUAUGUCGCUCCUGGCCGUCACAGGAAGGAGCACAUGGAUGCCGCUAAGAGGGUGUUGCGCUACUUGUGCAGUACGUCGGGCAUGGGGCUAGUGCUUGGAGGGCGAGACCGAGUUGUACUUACUGGACACUCAGACGCUUCUUGGGCGGACGACCAGGCUACUCAGCGGUCGUCUCAGGGCUACACCUUCAGUCUUGGCUCUGGCUCAGUUUCUUGGCGUUCUACACGCUCUUCUUCUGUUCUCAGCUCCAGUUGUGAGGCUGAGAUCUACGCCACAGCCAUGGCGGCCCAGGAGCUACGCUGGCUGACCUACCUGCUGACCGACUUGGGAGAGCGGCCUCGUUCUCCUCCAGUGCUGUACGUCGACAACAAGGCUGCCAUUGCCUUGUGUGAGGAGCACAGACUGGAGCACAGAACGAAGCACAUCGCCCUGCGGUACUUCCUUGCUCGAGAGCUACAGCAGCGCGGUCAGCUUCGUCUGCGUUACGUGGCCACUGAGGCCAACACUGCUGAUGUGUUCACCAAGGCGCUUCAGCCUUGUGACCAUCAGCGUUUUUGUACUCUUCUAGGCCUUGUGCCUGCUGGACCUCACUUGCUUACUGCUUGA